UGCUUUAAGAUAGCUUCUCGCACUCAACUAGAAUUUAAUGCUAAGUUUUGAUGUUUAUAUAUGCUAGCGGCGCACUCAGAGCUGCGGCACGUUUUAAUCCUUUCACCUGCAUGACGUUGACCUUGGUGCAGUGAUACUUUCUUUCUUGUGAGUCACCGGCUCUAUUGGCGACGAAACAAGGACGAGGUCAGCGAGGGUGUCUUGUGUUUGAAUGAAUGAGGUUUCCUUGGAGCUCGCAUUGAUUCGCAGCGCAUAGCCUGACACCCACUGCGCGAUUUGUUGCGAUCUGUUAGGUCACUUUUCUCGUCACACUGUCGCGAAGCAACCAAUUCUCACGAGUCUUCAUAGACGUCGUCGCGGUACGUGAACGUUGUAUAUGGGCGUGUUGCAGAGCUUUCGCACGCUUCGGAGAAGCCCUAACGCGCAGCGUUAGUUGCUGCAUUUGGCAGCUGCGGUGGAGGAAUAUAUGUCAAUGCUGGAAUGUUUGAGUCAUGAACCAGGCUUUCCUUCAUCAGGUGCGGUGUUUAUUGUGCAUGCGUGGACCAUUGCGCAAUCACGCGGUCAGGACACGUCGCAGUCGAUCCAGACGAGGCCGCCAAGACGACGAGUAGGGAAGGGAAACGCUCGUUUAUGCUAAACUGAUCGGGCCGAUUGAAAGUGUUGGCAGGCGCGCAAGCUGUGGCUUCUACGCGUCUUGUCGUCGGCGUGACGCAUGUAGCUCGUUCGAGUGUCUCGGCCUCCUACUAUUGGUUGUUGCCUUAACGCUUGAGGAAGCCUCUCCAAACAAGCAUGUCUGGAUCCCAAAGGAAAAGAACGCGUGUGGACACUGCUGUCUCGCUAGAUGGACCUGCCACAAAACGCAUGACACUCUGCUCACCAGCUCCGUUCAGCGAUGAGCCUGUGGCUAUGGCGGAGCGAGAGAGGUGUGACUACACUGUCAAGAUUACAAAGGAAAUGGCAGCAUCAGGGCAGGCACCUCGGCCAAUUAGGGUGUAUGCCGACGGCAUCUACGAUUUGUUCCACCAAGGCCAUGCAAGGCAGCUAAUGCAAGCGAAAUCUGCCUUCCCAAAUGUCUAUCUCAUUGUUGGGGUGAACAGUGAUCAUCUCACGCAUACGAUGAAAGGAAGGACAGUGAUGAAUGACGCUGAGCGGUAUGAAGCUGUCCGCCACUGUCGAUAUGUCGACGAGGUUCUGAGGGACGCACCCUGGGUGAUAGACGACGCUUUUCUUCAGAAGAACAAGAUUGACUUUGUGGCACAUGAUGAGAUUCCCUACUGUAUGGGCAAUGAAGAGGAUGUGUACAAGUUUAUCAAAGAGAAAGGCAUGUUUCUUGCCACACAAAGGACAGAUGGAAUCUCUACAUCAGAUUUAGUUGCAAGGAUUGUCAAAGACUACGAUGUGUAUGUCAGACGAAACCUCGCCAGGGGUUACUCCGCUAGAGACAUGAAUGUCUCGUUUUUAAAUGAGAAGAAGUUCCUGCUUCAGAACAAGAUGGAUGAGUUAAAAGAUAAGAGCAAACAGUUGGUGGAGAACUUUGAAGGAAAAAGGCAUGAAUUCAUCCAGAAGUGGGAAGAGAAGUCAAGGGAGUUCAUCUUUAACUUCCUGGAGCUCUUUGGCAGGGAAGGAAGGCUGGAAACCGACCAAAGCGGCCCUCCCUUGUUGGACUUGGAUGCUGAAGGUUUUGCUCCAGGCGCGUCCCUGCAUUAUAUGGAAAUAUGCAAUCUGUUCCGACCACCGGCCAGAAUGAGAACUCGGCGGCCAAUGUCUUCUCGAGACUCCUCACCGUACAAACCGAGUUCUCCAGCUUACUGCCCGACGCCGCCGCGUUCCCUGACUCCACCUCCGCUUCCACUGGAACUGCCUGCCGACAAGCACGUUGAGAUUGCGAGCUCUGGUGGUGUUCCUCCCAAAGCCAAGAGCGACAUGAACAUCUUCUCCAAGCACAAAGCCCCGGAAGGUGCCAUCAGAGCAGGGAGCAAGUCCUCCGAAAACAUGCAGGCUUCCAAGUCGCCCGAAUCACCCUUUCCAGCCAGGGUGGUUGGCCAGUUGCCAAAGGAUGCUGCCUUAUUGAAAGAGGACAGUGAUGUCAACUGCCAAAAUCAUGACAAAAAAGGACUAGUGCCACAUUCUAUAGAAAAUGCUGCUUCCUGUGAUAGUGCUUCCAAGGUACCAUUGGAGACCGAACCCAAGUGUCUUUCACAAAGCAUUUCGGAUGAAGGCAUCGGUGUGACCACUGCUCCCGCUAGAAGAGAUACUCAAGAUGUCUCUCCUUGUAUGCCGUUCCAUGCUGUGCACUCGGGUCCUGCUGAGGUUCAGUUGAAGAAGGAUGAUUUCUUGCCACCAAGUCAGAGCGUGGGUACAGAAAAAACCAUCAGUGCUGGCAGCUUGGAACCAGUAUCGCAUAGUCUGCAACAGGGCACUACAGAUUUCUAUGUUUCUUACUCCAAUCCUGUGGAAGGUGGUGCUGAAGAGGAUGCAGUAAAUACAAUCAAGCCAGAGUCUGGCUACGUAGGGCCGAAUACAGCUGAAACAAGUGCUGUGGAACAGGAACCAAAGGUUUUGGCGGAAGUGCGCGAGCCUUCGGCAAAUGGUGCUGCAGCUUUGUUAGACAGUGCAACUGCAGUUCAACAUCUGGAGGCUUCCAAGGUUGACAGUACUGAACAGGUUUCCACAGGCCCAAAGCAGGCCACUACUGAUUUUUAUGUCUCGUACUCCAAUCCUGUGGAAGGUGGUGCUGAAGAGGAUGCACUAAGUGCAAUGAAGCCCGAGUCUGGCUACGUAGGGCCGAAUACAGCUGAACCAAGUGCUGUGGAACAGGAACCAAAGGUUUUGGCGGAAGUGCGCGAGCCUUCGGCAAAUGGUGCUGCAGCUUUGUUAGACAGUGCAACUGCAAUUCAACAGCUGGAGGCUUCCAAGGUUGACAGUACUGAACGGGUUUCAACAGGCCCAAAGCAGGGCACUACUGAUUUUUACAUCUCAUACUCCAAUCCUGUAGAAGCGGAAGCUGACAACAUCCCCGUUCAAGCUGCAGUGCCCGGUAAUGCUGGAGCCACUGUAACGGAAUCGGAUAUUGUGAAGCAAGAACCUGGCUCCCUGGUUGAGUGGCAUGGCGAAACCUCAGGGAAGCAGACAGCUACCAAAUCUGAGAGUGGUGGAACAGAAAGGGGGCAAGCUCCCUCUACUCCAGUGCCUGAUCAAAGCAAGGACAAGAAUUGAAACAACUGUUGAUGCACUUGUGCAAUACAGGCUCUGUUUGAGGACCAACUUGGCGAUGAUGACCGUGAUAAUGUGGCCAUUAAGAUGUGAUAGGGCAUGCUGAAGAAUAUGCUGCACCACCUCGGUGAAUUGAAAUGGCCCACUGAGUAUGACAGAAUGCGGAAAGACUAUAUUCCUAAGAGGCAAAGUGUGAUUUUUGAGUUGUGUGUUUAGUGCCUUGAACCAUUGCAGUUAAAUUCCUACAAAAUAUCUAGUCAGGGAGGGUAUUUAUUCAUGUUGCUUACAGCAGCAUUACAGGGUAUUCCAUUGUAUGUGCCCCCUUCACAUAACUGUGCCACAAUGUUCCACAUUAAGCUUAUAGUACCUAAUGCCUGUAGCACAGUUGAAGGAAUGGUGUUAUACCGUGUCUGUGUAUGCAUUUUAUAUCGCCCGAAAUUUUUGUGUGUUCAAUGGUCGGUAUCUAGAGCAUG